CGUGGGGGCUGCGGGGAGGUUGCGGGGGGGCUCCCGGGGCUCGCAGCUCCCGGGGAGGCGCCGCUCGCUGCCCGUGUCCCCGCUGGCCGCCCGCGAUGCUCUGCCGGCCGUGCCGGGGCGGCGGCGGCCCGGGGAAGGGACGGAGGCGGGGGCUCGGGGGGCGCCGCUGGUAUUCCCCUCGGAGUUGAGCCCGGAGGGGAGGCAGGAGGAAAACAACAAGUAGUUGGCGCCGCGGGAGGAGGAGGGGAGCCGCUUUCUGCCCCCUAGCUCAGGCGCAGAAGCUCGUCCCCCCCGGACCCGCCCGCUCUGCCCCCUGCCCAGUCAUGUCCCACCCGGAGCGAUGGGGAAGCUCGAGGACAACGAGAGGGUGAUCCUCAACGUGGGGGGCACGCGGCACGAAACCUACCGCAGCACCCUGAAGACCCUGCCGGGGACCCGCCUGGCCCUGCUCGCCUGCGAGUCCCGCAGCGAGUCCCCCGGCGCCGAGGAGCCGUCGCCGCCGCCCCCGCCGCCCCCCAACCCGCCGCCCCUGGCCGGGGGCUGCCCGGAGCCCGGCAGCGGCUGCGGCCCCCGGCUCGGGGGCGGCGGCGGCGGGGCCAGCGAGUUCUUCUUCGACCGCCACCCGGGGGUCUUCGCCUAUGUGCUCAACUACUACCGCACCGGCAAGCUGCACUGCCCCGCCGACGUCUGCGGGCCGCUCUUCGAGGAGGAGCUGGCCUUCUGGGGCAUCGACGAGACCGACGUGGAGCCCUGCUGCUGGAUGACCUACCGCCAGCACCGCGACGCCGAGGAGGCGCUCGACAUCUUCGAGGCGCCCGACCUGCUGACGGGCGAGCCGCCCCCCGACGGCGACGACGACGACCUGGCGGCCAAGAGGCUGGGCAUCGAGGACGUGGGGGCUGCCGCCGGGGCCGCCGACGGCAAGGGGGGCCGCUGGAAGCGGCUGCAGCCCCGCGUCUGGGCGCUCUUCGAGGACCCCUACUCCUCGCGGGCCGCCAGGUUCAUUGCCUUUGCCUCUUUGUUCUUCAUCCUAGUUUCAAUCACAACCUUUUGCCUGGAAACACAUGAGGCUUUCAAUACUAUUAUAAAUAAAACUGAGCAGGUUGUCAAUGGAACAGAAACAGUACUACAGUAUGAAAUUGAGACAGAUCCUGCCCUCACAUAUGUGGAAGGAGUCUGCGUGGUAUGGUUUACAUUUGAAUUUUUAGUGCGUGUUGUUUUUUCCCCCAACAAACUUGAAUUCAUCAAAAACCUCUUGAAUAUCAUUGACUUUGUGGCCAUCCUGCCCUUUUACCUAGAAGUGGGCCUGAGUGGGCUUUCCUCCAAAGCUGCUAAGGAUGUACUUGGUUUCCUCAGGGUGGUAAGGUUUGUGAGAAUCCUGCGAAUCUUCAAGCUCACACGGCACUUUGUGGGCCUCAGGGUACUGGGCCACACUCUGAGAGCCAGCACCAACGAAUUUUUGCUGCUGAUAAUAUUCUUGGCACUCGGUGUUUUGAUAUUCGCCACCAUGAUCUACUACGCAGAGCGGGUGGGAGCUCAGCCCAAUGACCCAUCAGCAAGUGAGCACACACAGUUCAAAAAUAUCCCUAUUGGCUUCUGGUGGGCUGUAGUAACCAUGACCACCCUGGGGUAUGGGGAUAUGUAUCCACGGACUUGGUCAGGCAUGCUAGUGGGAGCCCUAUGUGCAUUGGCAGGGGUGCUUACUAUAGCCAUGCCUGUGCCUGUGAUUGUUAACAAUUUUGGGAUGUACUACUCCCUGGCCAUGGCAAAGCAGAAACUGCCAAGGAAGAGGAAGAAGCACAUCCCUCCAGCUCCUCAAGCUAGUUCUCCUACCUUCUGCAAGACGGACUUGAACAUGGCCUGUAAUAGCACACAAGGGGACAUCUGCCUUGGCAAGGACAACCAGUUGAUGGAGCACAACAGAUCAUCAGUGUUAUCAGGUGAAGACAGUGCAGGAAGUGAGCAGCCACUCUCACCUGGUGAAAGGCUCCCUCCCAUCAGACGCUCUAGUACCAGAGACAAAAACAGAAGAGGGGGAACAUGUUUCCUACUGACAACAGGUGAUUACACGUGUGCUACUGAUGGAGGGAUCAGGAAAGGCAGAAUUAUUCAGGCACUGUUGAAAAUAUUUGAGUAUGAAGAUAGUGAGACAGAGCAAAGCAAUGCUUUAACAGUAUUUUGCACAGACUCUACAAGGCUACGAAAAAUCUCGAAGCUUAAACAACAUAGCUGGCUUGACAGGCAAUGCUCUGCGACUGUCUCCAGUAACAUCACCCUACAGCUCACCUUGUCCUCUAAGGCGCUCUCGGUCUCCCAUCCCUUCUAUCUUGUAAACCAGAUGGCAUCAAUCGGCUAUAUAGUAUUAAUUCAAAUACUGUUUACCACAUAUUGGAUAUAAAUGUAGCAUUAACCAUAGGCUCCACAAAUAUGGUAUAAAUCCUGCAUGAUAUAACUGUCAGUAGUAAGAAAUGCCACUUGGGUAGCUGAAGAUUUUUAUCUUGGCUUUAAAAGAUCAUCUAAAGUAGCACUUCUUCUUUCAUCUACUUUAUUGUCCUACUUUCCUGUGGCAAUAAAAGGACAGUUAGUGGAUGCCAUUGGCCAGUAUAUUCAAUAAAUAAGCAGUUUUUCAGGGAAAUUUACUUAAAAUAAUGUGCUUCCAAAUAAUUAUCUGUCACCCCAUUGAACCUCCAUUUCUUGUGACUCUAAUCCAUUCUGAAGAUGUCUGGAAUCGUGUCUUGGUUGCGCACUAUGUGACUUGGGUCUGCUCAUUUGCAUGGACCAUCCUGUCUCCAUUACCUGACAAGCAGUGUUGCCGAUCACGGAGACCACAGAGGCCUCUGGAUGUGUGUACUCUCCAUGUACCAUCCUGCUGAAAUGAAAGCACUGAUAAACUGGUCUGCAUGUGGGAUUGUUUUUCUUUGUUUAACCUUCUCUUUUAUUUUUUAACGAUCUACUUGUUUAUAAAUGGUCUUAUUUUGUGAUUAACUUACUUUGGUACUGGAUUACUGUAUCAGAGUUCUGAAUGUCUCCGGUUGUUUGCACACAGAUAACUGCAAAGAGGUUGUCAUUACUGGUUACACGCAAGCAGAAGCCAGAUCUCUUUCUUAAUGGCUUGGGGAAGGCACAAAACAUGCAAGAAAGGUAAACGCCAUCCAGACUUGCAAUUUUAAGCUAGCAAGUGCUGCUUGGUACUGUAGUCAUUUCUCUACUCCAGGGUUCUUCAACAUUUUCAGAGGCUGAGUACCAAGCAAAAUCGAGAAGAUAACUGGGGGCUUUUUUGUUCCACUGUAAGAGUAGCUCUCAAGUGGGGUUUUUGACCAGACUUAUACCUCUGGCUCAUGAGCAUUUAAAAAUUCUUCAGUCAAUGUUUUUUGAGGUGCUUUGUCCUAUGUGUUGUUUGUCUGUCUGUUUUGCAACUUGUCUACUGUAUUCUCCAUCUGUCUCCAUAAAGCACAGAUACUGUUUAAAAUGCCCCCUCUUUUAAGGCUAAGACACUUUUCUCCUUUUCUCUAUUUUUUUUUUUUUCAUAUCAACUAUAUGUAUGUGUAUAAAUACAUAAAUAUAUUUUUCAAGUGCAAGUUAGUGUUAUAUAGACUAACUCAGAGUGAGCACUCUGAAGAUUUUUUGAGUGGGAUUUAGUAACAAUUUUACAAUUUUGACCGGUUGCCUAUUGCAUCAAUCCUCCACCUAGCAACCAGUAUCCAUUACAGUUCUGAAACUGUAUCUCCUCUAGUGGUUUUUUCAUUCCAUAUAAACCUGUAUUUAUGCAACGGAACAAAUGCAAUAGCAGUUUUGAUGUUCUGGGCUGGUGAGGAACAAUUACCCUAAAAUACAUAAGUUUAGAAUUUCAUAGGGUAGGGAAGUCUGUAACUACACAGAUCUUAAGAGAUCCUUGAGAUUGUUGAAUAAUCCCUGACUGUCAUGUUUUAUUUUUUGUUAGGACAAGAAUUAUAACUUAUUGUUGACCAUGUAACAUGCUCUUCUGUAUAUAGGCUAGCCCAAUAGCAUGACUUGCAUGUCAGAAUUCUUGUACAAUAAUGUAUUUAUCAAAGUAUACAUUUCUGAUAUUUAGAGAUGUACAUUGAUUUAGUUUUGGUAAAAUAUUGUCAAUAGAGAGAUAACUGCAAAAAAAAGCUUUUAGCAAAGGAAUUAAUAUAAUAUUUGGUGCUGCUGUUAUAUUAACUACAGUGUUGUACAGAAUUUAUCAUGGAUUUUUGACUGCUGAAAAAGGGACAAUGGAAUUUAGCCAUACCAAGGACUGUACUGGAAAGAGACUGCUGCUGCUGAAUGGGCCCUGAUAAACAGCUCACACCUUGAGGAGGUCACUGAGACUUUACUUGGGAAGUAGAGUUUGAUAAAGAAGAUUAACGACUGCUCAUAAUUACUGCUGCCAGAGGAAGGGGUGACUAGUCACUGUUGAUGAGUCAGCUGUAAAUAAAACGUGUGUGCAUGGAAUAUCAGUUUUUAUCUAUAUCAAAGAAAGCUGAAUUCAAGUAAUCAUUGCUAAGACUCCAUGCAAAGACCCACACCCUGAUGCAUAUUAUUCCUGGUUCCUGCAGUAAGUUGUGCUGUGAAUCAUACAAAGACACACACUUAAUAAUGAUAGUGAUGUAAACUACAUCUGUCUUAAAUUCUGUCAUAACAAAGGUAUAUUUUGCAAAGGUCACAAAAAUGAACAGAGUAGGUUUGCAUAAGUCCUCGCUUUCUCAGUUUGCCAUGAUCUAUAUUUGUAUGAAUUCUAGUGUAUAUGCCAAGUCCUAAGUUUUCUUUUCACUUUGAUAAGAGAAAUGUGACUGCAGACAAACAUCACUGACUUUGUUCACAGCACACAGUCUCCUUUCAUUGUUACCUCAGACUAUAAGUAUUAUGAGAAAUAAAAUUCUGGCAGCAAGACUAUUUUUUUUUUUUAAUUCAAAGUGUUGCAAACCCAACGUCAAUAAAUAUAAAAGAUGUAUUAAAAUUAUAUCUUAAAAAUGUAUAUUUUACAUAAAAGAUAUAUUCAUUGAUCAGCUACUUUCUGUGAUUUUUGUGGUAAAUGGAUCUAGUCUAUUCUAUGUUUAUGAGGCAUUGUAGUGGUAUGAUGUGGUAAUUAUGUUCUCUCCAUCUUAUUCAGUGAAAAAUUCUCCAAAAUCUGUUUUGUCACCCUGGUGUCCCAAUUGUAGGGACCUGUCCCAGUUGUGAAACUCUGUACUGUGGAACUUCUGUGAUCAUGUCAAGGUGCAUGCACAAUCCUGGUGGAAACCAGUGGCAAUGUAAUACCUGAAUUGGAGAAUAAAAGGCAAAAGACCUGGGGAGGAACUUGGAACAUA